AUGGCUCAAAAAUGUAUCCAUAAUGGGUGUGGCAAGAAAUUUACAGACACCGAAGAAGAAUGCGUGUACCACCCUGGCCCACCAGUAUUUCAUGAAGGGCAGAAAGGCUGGAAAUGUUGCAAGCCUCGAUUUUUGACAUUUGACGAGUUCCUUUCAAUCCCACCCUGUACUACAGGAAAGCAUUCCACAGUUGACGAGACACCCCCUCGCCCACCGCCCAAGGUUUUAGAAGAUGUACCUCCCCCAACAAAACCGUUAGCUACGAAUGGCGCCAUCUGGAAAUUACCGGCACCCCGGGCGGCCCAGCCGGCUCCGCCUGCCACCCCAUUUCUUGCCCCCCCAGAAUCAGACUCCGACGAUCCUUCUAUCCCAGUACCAUCAAAUAUCACUUGCCGUCGACGGGGCUGUAACGCCACUUCUGCAGUGGAAUCUCCUUUAUCGCGAGGUGACGAAGAAUGUGUCUACCACCCAGGGCAAGCACUGUUCCACGAAGGGAGCAAAGGAUGGACGUGCUGCAAGAGGCGAGUGCUGGAGUUCGAUGAAUUCAUGAAAAUUGAGGGCUGCAAGCGGAAAAGCAACCACCUUUUCGUGGGGAGCAAAAAGCAGUCUGCACAGGAAGAAGCAGUAUCAGAGGUCAGGCAUGAUUUCUAUCAGACUCAUACGAGCGUAAUAGCAAGCUUGUUCUUGAAAAAGAUUGACAAGGGCCGCGCAAAGGUCGAGUUCACUAGCCAAACCGCUGUGCUUCUGGAUCUGCCCACGGAAGACAACAAGAGAUACAAAACCGAGCUUCCAUUGUUUGGACCUAUCGAUACUGCUCGAUCUAUGUACAAGAUCAUGGGGACCAAGCUAGAAAUGACGCUCGUGAAAGCGGACGGACUAAGCUGGCCAGCGCUCAGGAGUGACGAGCAAAGGACGAGUGAGAUCAUUCAGGUUGGUCGUGCUGGAAGAGCGUAG